AUGAUCUGUAUCUUGUAUAUAUAUUAUCAUCUUAUCUCCUUCCUCUCACACUUUUAUUUUGGCGAUCUUACAUCUUUUUUUCAGUUCACACCACUACAGCCUUCUCAGUUUAUUUGUGACCGAGAUAAACUCCAAGUGGGCCUUGAUUUGGCUCGCCUUACAUCCUCUGGUUUGAACCCAUUCUCUGGCAAUCUGGCAUCCUACAACUGCUCCUGGGUCAGAGUGCAUGAUGGUGUAGUGUGGUAUGAAGUGGAAGCAACAGCAGGUGCCUGUGGAAACACAUUGAGGACCAACAGCACACAUGCCGUCUACUCCAAUAUUUUAUUCAUCUACCCAAUGAACAACACGUCCUUCAUCAGUCCUGUGAGUCUUCCCUUCUCCUGCGUGUACCCCCUGGACACAGACACCAGCCUCAAUGUGGCUAUCGGACCAUUUCUGGCGUGA